UAGCUCAGCUGGUAGAGCGGAGGACUGUAGUGGGAUGUGCGGCAGUCAUCCUUAGGUCGCUGGUUCGAUUCCGGCUCGAAGGAGUAGCCUGCAUUUUGGGCUUGCCACGCACUGAAAGCAAACGCCUCCGUCCAUCGUCCCUGGGUCGUUCCCCCUCUCCACGGAGGGAUCGCAACAAGCCUUGCGCAGUGGCUCAGUACCACUAGUCCGCCUUAUAAAGAAGAAAACCUGAGGCUUCGGCCCCUCCUUCAUGUUUGCUUUUAGUUUCCAAUUAAGCCCAGUUUGCUGCCCUGCGUCCGGGCACCAAAGAACGCAAGAAGGGACAGAACCUCCCGGACUUGCCCCGACGGCCCGCGGGACUGGGAUGUGCAGAACAGAACCUCUUAGUGACCCCGGGGACGGCCCCGUAGACGCGCCGGCCCCCAGCCUCGCUGGCCCCGUCGGCCGCCGGGGUGGCCCCAGCCUGGCGGGACACGUCCUGCGCCCGUCCGCGGCGCGCAGCAGCCCUGCUCUGCAGCCGAGCCACCCCGGAGCGGCUCGUUGGUCUAGGGGUAUGAUUCUCGCUUUGGGUGCGAGAGGUCCCGGGUUCAAAUCCCGGACGAGCCCUGCUCUUUUAGCUGCUGGAAAAAGUUUGCCUCUCUACAAACUUUCUCGCGCUCUGACAGUUCCUAGGUUCCCGGAGCUGCCCCGCGAGCCUCCCCGCGUCCCCCUGGCUCUUGGUGCGUCUGCGGCUGGAGUUCCUCCUGGCAGUCAUCUGCAGCUGGUUCCCGUGUGGAAACCCACAUUGGUUGUCCGCUGGGGGGUUGGGGUUACUGCUUUGGGUUUUGCAGGCGGGCCCAGGCUGGAGGACCGGCCUGGAGAAACGCCCACCCUCCGUUCCUCUGCACCCGCCCCAAUCUGUUUGCGUGGCCAGGCGACGCCGACCUCACCGAUUUCCGCGACGAGAUUCCCAAGCGAGCUUCACUUCUGCUGUUCGGCAUCCCGCUGGGAAAGCAGGGGCGAGGAACAGUCACCGCCUCCAGCUCCGCGGCCAGAGGGAAGGGCAUCCAGACAGAGGCCAGGAAAUUGUUACUGGCACCAGAGCAGUCCCUACUACCGUUCAGGCCCAAAUCGAUGCCAGUUUUCCGCUGACCAGGCCUAACUGGGAUUACAACACCACUAAAGGUCCCCCUCCGGAGCCCCACCGCGACACACCUGAUGACUAGGUCUUUGUCAAAAGACUUAAGCAGAGAUCCCUGGAACCUCGGUGGAAGGGUCCCCACGCCAUCCUGCUGACCACCCCCACAGCCCUGAAGGUGGACGGUAGAUGGACUUUAAUCCCUGUGCCCUGACGCAUGUGUCAGGUGCCUGGGAACCACGACAGCCCUGAAGAAAGAUAGGGCUGGAAAUACCUUGGGUACCGGGUUAGUCUCCAGAACCAUCAUUUCUUGGGCUCAUUCCACCCACAUCUGAUCUGCUGACCAUCUGCCGUAAAAGAAAGACCACGGGACUCCGUCUCCAAAAUGGGAGGCCUCAAAGGACCCCAGGAGCCCACUCAAGCUCAGACUCACCCGAUCGUGAGACUGCUAACUGUAUGUACUCUGCUUCCCUUAAUGACUGCUUCUGCUCCCGCAAGCCCGCACCAGCCCCUCAACCUCACCUGGGAAAUAAUAGCUACAGCCACUGGGGAAGUCAUUAACACAACCUCCAGGCUAGCCCCCAGAAAUACUUGGUGGCCCCAACUGGAAUUUGAUCUCUGUGACCUGGCGCACGCGUCAGGCACCGGGGACCAUGACAACCCUGAAGAAAGAUACGGCUGUACAUACCCUGGGUACCGGGCUAGCCUCCGGAACCGUUAUUUCUAUGUAUGUCCUGGCCACGAUGAGACCAAAUCAUGGAGAGAUAAGUGCGGGGGACCCGAACAAUACUUCUGUGCCAGCUGGGGAUGUGAGAGCACAGGACACAUUUGGUGGAAGGCCAAUCGGAAGGACCUAAUCACAGUGCACAGGGGAGGCAACUAUGGGCCUUUUACCAGUAAUAACGUCAGCUACACCGCUCGAUUCCCGGGGUCAGGCACGGUAUGGAUAAAGGGAAAGAAUAGGGGAACAGGUGGUCCCUGUCAUAAGCCUCCAGCUGUAGGAGGAACACCGGGAGGCAGAUGUAAUCAAGUAUCCGUCACCUUUACUGAAUCUGGGAAACGAGCCACGUGGGAAUCAGGAAAAACAUGGGGGCUAAGGAUUCAUAGACCCGGCCCCACCUAUGAUCCAGGGUUACUCUUCACCAUCCGACUUAUCGUAAAUGAUAUCAAAGGGCCAAAUCAAGAGGCAGUAGGCCCCAGUCGGGUUUUGGCCCCCUUGGAGCCUCCCACCAUUGGGCAUCUAAUGACCCCCACAAGGAUGUCCCACCUCAAGAGACAGAACCGCUCUGGUCAUUGAUGUUCCAUGCUUACCAGGUACUUAAUACCAGACCGGAUCUCAUCUCAUCAAUUUGGUUAUGCUAUUUGCCUAGACUCCCUUACUAUGAAGGAGCUGCCUUUAUGGGAAACACCACCCUGACAACAGACUAAAAAGAUUGUAAAUGGGUCCAACAGGAGCAGGCCAGACUUACCUUCCAGGACAUAUCAGGACAAGGGACCUGCAUAGGCAGGAUCCCCACUCUCGUGGAGGAUGAUGCACUCAGACCCUAUAGGUACCAGCUAACAGCUCAUAUUUACCGCCUCUGGACUGAGGGUGGUGGGCCUGCUCCUCCAGGCUCAACCCCUGCGUUCAUCUGGGUAUCUUAAACGAGUCUCUGGACUUCUGUGCCUUAGUGCAAUUGAUCCCCAAGAUCACAUAUCACACAGACCAAGAAAUUGAAAGAGCCCUAAAUGGGCAUGGCCCAUCUCAUCGACAACAGAGGGAGCCAUUCACAGCUGUCACUCUGUCAGCACUUCUGGAAUUGAGAAUAGCCGGGGCAGGGACGGGAACUUCUGCCCUAACUCUGCAGAGCAGCAGUUUCUACAGCCUGAGAAUGGCUAUAGAUGCAGAUUUUCAGAGCCUAGAAAGAUCUAUUUCCCAUCUACAAGAGUCCUUGACCUCCCUAGUGGAAGUAGUCCUACAAAAUAGGAGGGGAUUAGAUUUAUCAUUUCUACCAAGGGGGUGGGGGGGGUGUCUCUGCGUAGCCCUAAAAGAAGAAUGUUGUUUUUAUGCAGACCAUUCCAGCAUUGUAAAAGAGUCCCUUGCCAAAGUCAGAGAAAGUCUGGAAAAGGAUACAGGGCCAGACAAGGAUGGUCUCGAUCCUGGUUUAAUAGUUAUCCCAGGAUGACUGCCCUAAUUUCAACCCUGCUUAGCAAACCCCUUCUCAUUUUGAUUAUGCUUUUAACUUUUAGACCAUGUAUUCUGAACAAACUAAUCACCUUCAUAAAAGAAUGAUGAGGGGCCAUCCAGCUGAUAGUAAUGUGAACUUAUUACUAUUCCCUAUAUAACAUAGGUAAUGGAGAAUAUGAGCUCAGAAAAGACCCAUGAUUGGGCCUUCAAGGUAUCUGUCAGAGGAGGGAUUGAAGGGCCAGAGCGACUCCAUUUUGUGUAAAACUUCCAUUUUGUAUUAAACUGACCUAGCCUUGAACUCUUAUUCCGGGAAAAACCACAAAAUGUACAAUUGGCACAAAUAUGGAGUAACCUCCCUAGCAACAAACAAUCAGUAGGAGGCAGGAAAAUACCCGAGUUCCAGAUGUUGUUUUAGAUUUCCUGAAGUUAGCUGUUUAAGGUUAGACAUCUGACUUGGAGCAGUCAGUUUAAACAUUCCUCUUUGUGUGUUAACCAAUCAGAUGCUUGCCAGGCUGGAAACCCCCUAUGCUGCAACUCAUAAACAACCCCCUCCUCCCCUGUUGGGGCCUCUCACUCCAGAUCUGCUGCGUCGGUUAUGGUGGGGGCCCAAGCUCGAGCUUGUAAUAAAGACCCUUGUGUGUUUGCAUCGGAA